GCCCUGUGCUUCUUUGACAAUGGAAAUGAUCUCCUUGCAAUUCUGGAUGACCUUGUCAUUGCUAAGGAACCCAGGAAAGAAUUUGCAAUACUAAUUCGAUUAUUUUUGCUUGGUUUAUAAUUACUUUUUUGAAAAAAUGUAGGAUGUUCAAUUUUGUUUAGAUUUAUACGUGAUAACAAAAGUCUGCUUUGAUUAUGUUAUGGGUAGAAGUAGAGAUGAUAUAUACCAUCGUGGAAUAGUAUGGGCCAGAAUUUUAGUCUUUUGUACUUGGAUUUGUUUUUGUAGACCAGUGUUGCAACGAACCAACGCAUUUGUAGACCAAAGGGGCCCCACUGAUGCAGAACCAUUCGAUGAAACCCAAUCGCUCUGUCGGUUUGAUCGAUUUUGAGUCCUUGAUCUUACUCUAAAGAAGAAGAAGAAGAAUCACCCAGACACUGAGAAAGUUUUGAGGUUAUUCACAGUCCAAGUUUGCUUUGCUGCCAUUUGUGGAUGUCAUCUUCUUCGAAACCAAGCAUCAGUUCGAUCUGAAUUGGAUCCUUCUGCUGCCCUUCCUUUAUUCCUUGAUGAAAUCUUUCACCCUGUUGCUGCCGUUUUGCUGUCUGUAACAUCAGAGAGAUUAUUCCACAAGAUAUGGGCUUUCUGUUGGCUUGUUCACAUUCUGAUGAUCAUCUGCUAUCCAAUCGCCUACCCAAUUGGAAAAGUUCUUGAUCUUGUACUUGGACAUGGAGAAGAUUUGUUCAGGCGAGCACAGUUGAAAGCCCUCGCCUCUAUUCACAACCUUGAGGCUGGAAGGGGAGGUGAACUAACACAUGAUAAGACAACGAUUAUCAGUGGAGCGCUAGAUUUAACUGAAAAGACUGCCAAGGAGGCUAUGACACCUAUUGAAUCAAGAUUGUGCUUGGAUGUUGAUUCAAAGUUAGACUGGGAAGCAAUUGGGAAAAUUCUUGCACGUGUUAGAAUGUGUUGCUGAGCAAUGCACUUCUGUAUUUCAUCAUGCACUUCUGAACAGUAAGGAAUGUGAUUAUGGAAACUGCUCUUCUAUGCUCUCCCUUCUCAGGAAUAUAGAUCAGAGAAGCAAAUGUGAGAAUAUGUUACUUAGUUUUUCUUUUCACCUGAGUUUUGUACCAAUUGUUGAACCAAUCAAACUAAUAGUAAUAUGGUGUGCAACAGAAUUGGUAUAUGAUAGGAAGAGAGAAGACCAUUAUAGUAGUGGUGAUUAAUUGAAAUAAAAAUUGCUAAGCAGUGUCCAAUUCUUGUGUGUGAUACGUUGGUGAUCUCUUAGGUAGGAGGAUUGUUGGGUUGGGUGUCUCUAAUUUAGGCUCUAUGUGCAUUUCUAAUUGAAGAUGUUGAGGGGCUGUAGUCUAGUUUACUGGUUCUCUGAUUUUGAGUGGAUGCCUAGAAUUAAUCACCUUGAUGAUCAUUUGUACAAUUGCUUUCCUGGUAGGACUGGUCAUAAGUGAGAUUUUGGCUUGGUCCUAUCAGACUGAAGGACUCCUACAGUUCUUCUCUGUGUGAUUUAUGAAGGGGGAGAACUUAAAAAUUAAAUGUGGUUUCCUUUAUCUGUUCAUAGCUAAAAGCCUGGCAUAGUUGUAAUC